CUCAAUCCCUUAACAUUUGUUCAAAUGCAAAGGCAGGAUCACCAUGCAAACUUACAUGUACAACUCAAGAUGUAACCCAGACAAUUAUUUUCUCAAAAUUGCCAGCAUCAGGAGGUCUAGAAGGAGGAUGUACAAGUGGUGGGACAUGUGCGGUUACAGCUGGGAGGACCAGGUAUACUGUAACACAGGAUUCUACAUUAAGUGAAACCUAUUUGGACAUAUCCAGCCUUACGUAUGCAGAGGAUGAUUCCCAGCGGGUCUGUGAUUAUGGAGCAGUACGGUCUACAGCUGUUCAAUUAACUGUUAUAUCUGUUCCAUCUACAGUGCAGUUUGCCCCAGAUCCAACAGCAGAUUUGACACAAUUUUUGGUAGGGGAAGUCUACUGUGUUUAUCCAGCUUCCAGUCUGACAGUGAAAUUGGUCUACCAAGAUGGGCAAACCACUAACACUCUGGACAUGACCUAUCCAGUACCAACAACUGCUGGAACAAAUGGAUGUGAUGCACAUGAAUUCACAGUCACUCCAUCCUACCAACUCACCACCACUACUUUGUCCGGUAAAAGUGUACGAUUCUGGAUAGAAGUCACAGUCGCUGGACAGGUGAUAGGGAGUAUCCCGACAACCCAAACAUUUGUCUUUCAAGGGGCUGUUACUUUGAAUGGAUCAGCCGAGUACGCCAUUCAUGGGAAUGGAUAUAACUUGACAUGUACAGUCCCAGAUGAGGCUACCAGAGUCAGUUUUUAUCGUCGUCCUCUGAUGACAGUAUCACCACAGGACAUACAAGUGACAGGAGAUCAAUGCUAUAUACUGGUCUCUGGUACACCCGUCCUCUGUACCCCGGAUGUAUGUUCCUGUCAACCUUCUGCGCUUCACUAUGCCACUGUGUUCCGGUUGGUAUUACAACCGAGACCAGCAGACCAUAACUCGAUUUGGUUUUGUAGACGUCAGAACUCAAACCUUACUAACGAAUACGAAGAUAGCACCGACUACACGCUCCAAGUCUUAGAAGAAGUGACGAGCAUUGUGCUACAGAAUCCACCCUCAACUCUGCAAGAACACCAAUCUAUUUUCCUGGUGUGUGUGACCAGCCCGUGUAGACCUGCUGCCACUGUCCUGUGGUCAGUCGGAGGGGUGAAUUACACUUCAUUCAGUACAUCCACACUACAUGGGUCGGGUGUUUCUAUGAGCAGACUUACCUUUACAAUCACUAGAACAAUGGACGGAAAAACCGUUGUUUGUUCUGCGUACAACACGGACGUCGUUGUAACAUCAAAAAUUCAGCCUAUGCUAGAUGUACAAUAUGGUCCUGACACAUCCAUAGCUCUGUCUCCUGUGGACGUUACUUACACUGUAGACGAAGGGGACACAUUACCGGACAUCACCUGUACAGCUGGCUGUAGACCUGGCUGUACAUUUGUCUGGACAAAACCUGACAACAAUAGCUUUACUUCCUCAGCCGUGUUGUCACUGGGACAACUGGAUAGAUCUGAAAACGGGACAUACCAAUGUACCGCCCAAAAUACUAUAGGGACGUCAACUAUAAUGUUUAGUCUUCAUGUUAGAUGUAAGUUAUGUUCGUUAUAUAUUGAAACAUAUCCGGGAGGGGGGCUUAUGGAACGGUGGGCAAAUUUGAUAAUUUAGACAAAGUGAGGGUUAUACGGUGAAUAGUAAUGCAACGAGUGUUGAACGUCAACGAUGAAUAACGUAUAUAAAUCAUAAGUAAGAAAACAACAUUCUGAAUUUUAAGAAUAUACGAGAGAACAUUAUAGAUCAGCUUACAAUCUUUAAGGUGAUUCAGGUUAAUAUUUUGUGCAGAAUUACACGUAUAAUACAAUAUUGUUUACCCAUCGGAAACUGUUUUGUAUGCCAGUGUUACAGUAAGUGUAGUCUGGGACCAAUUAAGUCAUGAGAUAAACACUCUCAUUUUCAGAAAUUUUAGAAUCCAAACGCUCAUGCAUAUGUCAUCUGCUUCACUUCAGUGGCUAAAUUGGUUUUCAAUAAGUUAUGACUUGUAGUAUCAAAUGCAACCAUCAACCAAAUAUUAGUUGCUCAUUUUAUACUUAUGGCAUUGCAAAACACGAGAUCGAAUUAUCAAGUCGAUACAAUAUUAUUGUGUGUAAAUUUGUAAUUCAUACAAUACUGCACUACCUUGAACAACACCAAAUGCAGACAUCUGGUAAUUAAUGAGACCACAUGUCAAUUGCCGACCGCAAUACGGCAAUGUUGUUUUCAGUUAACAGUUGGACAAUACUGUUCGUAAUGAUCUUUGAAACAUGUUAUUUAUACCACCUAGUGCAUAAAGAAUAGAUAUUGCGAUCCAUGAGCGACAUGUUUGUGAAAGGGACGAUUUGUUUCUAAAAUAUCAGUUUGAAGAGCGACCCUGGCGCGGGUCGCUCAUUUCCCGCAUAUUAUAGAGG